CGGGCAUUCAGUUGGGCAACGGGUUUGGUUCGGUUCAGUUUGGAUUCGGCGCAAGUCGAUGCACUAAUUAAUGCCAGCUAGAUUUGUUCAUUAAAAAAACACACACACACACUGCUGCUAGGCGAAAUAAUUACAAAUAUCAAUAAAAUGCCAAUUGCCGCCACUACACCCUCGCUGCUGAAGCGCGCCAGCACUGACAAACUGAGAGAAGUUUUUCUGAAGUACGCCUCGCUGCAGAAGGAUGGCGAGCAUUAUAUGACCAGCGAGGAUUUCGUGCGCAAAUUUCUGGGCUUGUUCACAGACGCGGCGUUCAAUGAUGAAUCGGUGCGCCUGCUCGCCGGCAUUGCGGACACGAGCAAAGAUGGCCUCAUAUCGUUCCCGGAAUUUCAGGCAUUCGAGGGCUUGCUCUGCGCCCCAGAUGCACUCUACAGAACUGCCUUUCAGCUGUUUGACCGCCAAGGCAACGGCACUGUUUCAUACGCUGAUUUCGCUGAUGUCGUACAAAAAACUGAACUGCACUCAAAGAUACCUUUUAGCUUAGAUGGCACAUUUAUCAAACGCUACUUUGGUGAUAAGAAGCAGCGUCUUAUCAACUAUGCUGAAUUCACGCAACUGCUGCACGACUUCCACGAGGAGCACGCAAUGGAGGCAUUCCGCAGCAAAGAUCCAGCUGGCACUGGAUUCAUAUCCCCCCUAGACUUUCAGGACAUUAUUGUUAAGGUUAAGCGGCAUUUACUCACGCCCGAUGUCAAGGAUAACUUGCUGGCGGUCACCGAGGGUCACAGAGUUAGCUUUCCGUACUUCAUGGCAUUUACAUCGCUGCUCAACAACAUGGAGCUGAUCAAGCAGAUUUAUCUAUACGCCACCAAGGGCAGUCGCACCGAGAUGGUCACCAAGGAUGAGCUGCUCUAUGCGGCGCAAACCAUGAGCCAGAUUACCCCGCUGGAAAUUGAUAUAUUGUUUCAGAUAACGGGCGCUGUUAAUCAGCCGGGCCGCAUCGACUACAGCGACCUGAGCAACAUCGGGCCGGAGCACUAUACGAAGCAUAUUACUCACCGUCUGGCCGAGAUUAAGGCCGUCGACAGCCCCAGUGAUCGAUCGGCAUUGAUUCAGGUGCUGGAGGCCACCUAUCGCUUCACUCUGGCCUCCUUUGCAGGCGCUACUGGCGCCACGGUGGUCUACCCCAUUGAUCUUGUGAAGACGCGCAUGCAGAAUCAGCGCACGGGCUCAAUGAUCGGCGAGGUCGCCUAUAGAAACUCCUGGGAUUGCUUCAAGAAGGUCAUCCGUCACGAGGGCAUCCUCGGCCUCUAUCGCGGUCUGCUGCCCCAGCUGAUGGGCGUCGCCCCGGAGAAGGCCAUCAAGCUGACUGUCAAUGAUUUUGUGCGCGACAAUCUGUCGGACAAGCGCGGCAACAUUCCCGUCUGGGGCGAGGUUGUGGCCGGCGCCUGUGGUGGUGCCGCCCAGGUCAUCUUCACAAAUCCGCUGGAGAUAGUCAAAAUUCGACUGCAGGUGGCCGGCGAGAUCGCUGGCGGCUCCAAGAUAAGUGCGCUCUCCGUGGUUCGCGAACUGGGCUUCCUUGGCCUCUACAAAGGGGCCAAAGCGUGCCUGCUGCGCGAUGUGAACUUCUCGGCCAUCUAUUUCCCAACCUAUGCGCACGUCAAGGCCGCGCUGGCCGACAAGGAUGGCUACAAUAAUCCGGUAUCGCUGCUGGCCGCUGGCGCCAUUGCGGGUGUGCCCGCUGCUUCGCUGGUGACGCCCGCGGACGUGAUCAAGACGCGACUGCAGGUGGCCGCUCGCACGGGCCAGACGACCUACACGGGCGUUUGGGAUGCCACCAAAAAGAUUAUGGCCGAAGAGGGACCAAGAGCGUUCUGGAAGGGCACAGCCGCUCGUGUCUUCCGCUCAUCGCCACAAUUCGGCGUCACCUUGGUCACUUACGAGCUGCUGCAGCGCCUGUUCUACGUGGACUUUGGCGGCAAUCAGCCGAAGGGCUCGCACGGCACCAAGCCGGGCCUGCCCCUGGACGCCACGCUGGGCGCGGAGCAGCCCAAGCCCGAUCACAUUGGCGGCUACCACGCGGCUGUGCCGCUGCUGACAGGCAUCGAGUCCAAGUUUGGCCUGUAUCUGCCGCGAUUCGGGCGUGGCGCUGGUGCCGCUGCCCCGGCUGGAACGGCGACGGGCUCAUGAUUAUAUUGGCGGCAUCGCCUGCCAUGCGCCAGUUAGGUCUAAAGUUGUACAGUUGUAGCCAUAUAUGUACAUAUAAUAUAUACAUACAUAUAUAUAUAGGCGAAAAGUUGAAGGCGACUCUGAUCAGAUCAGCUAUGGAUCAAAUGUCUAUAUUUUGCUAAGACGCGUUUACACACACAUCCACAAUCAGUCGAGGACAACCUAUAAAGGAUUCAGUUCAAUGUCUAUUCCAGAGGGAACUUUUCGUACCAUCAACAUGUUGUACCAAACGUAACAAAACUUUUGAAACAUAUAUGAAUCAUACGGAAUAGAAAUCUUUUACAUAUAUAAAUUUAUAUAGAUAUGCAAUUAUAUGAUAAUAUAUAUAGCUAACAUCUAUGGCACACAAUUGAAGGCAACUGUUUUACCUACACAUCAAGCGAACGUACAUACAUACAUACAUACAUAUAUAGAAGAAGAAAGUGUAACUUUAACUAGAUGCAUAGUCAAAACUCUAAAUCUAAACAAAAGUAAACAAAUCACUGAACGUCUCUUAUUGCACUCAAAGAUUUAAGCGUAAAACCUUUAAAAUUUAGUACGAAUUUGUUCAACUGUUAUAAAG